AUGGCGGACGCUGCGAAGCGCAGAUUGCAAGCCAUAGGCCAGCAAUUAGCGCCAGCCGCGGGUAACAACGACACUUUUGAAGGUAUUGCCAGAAUCAAGCAUGUCGCAGGGGCCUCCAACGGCCUGAGGGUCGGUGGAAAGGUCGUCAUUAUCACCGGAGCGAACUCGGUCCUCGGUAUUGGCCGUGCUUCUGCGCAUCAAUUCGCUCAAAACGGUGCAAAAGCUGUGUACCUGUGCGAUUUCGAUGAGACUCACCUAGAAACCCAUAAGAGGGAGAUCCAGUCUCUAUACCGAGGCGUCGAAGUCCACACCCGCCGCUUCGAUGCUGCGGAUGAGGAGGCGGUAAAGGGCGUCAUCAACGACGCCUUGAGCAGAUACGGAAGACUGGAUGUCUUUUUUGCCAAUGCCGGCAUUGUUGGCGCUCAUGCCUCGUUCACCGACAUUGACGAACAAAAUUUCAUGCAGACUCUCCGAGUCAACACGCUUGGGCCAUUCCUUGCUGCGAAACAUGCCGUCCCGGCCAUGAAGAAGACCUCUUCGGACAAGCCUGUCAGCUCUGGGAGCAUCAUCAUGACGGCGUCGGUGGCUGGGCUCCGGUCCAAUGCUGGCUCCACGCCGUAUUCGGCGUCCAAGGCGGCGGUGGUGAGCAUGGCACAGACGAUGGCAUACCAGCUCGCUGGCACGGGCAUCAGGGUGAACGCCUUGUGCCCCGGCCUCAUCGAGACGGGCAUGACGGCAGUUGUCUUUGAGACUGCGCGGGCCCGCGGCACGGAGAAGAAGAUCGGCCAGCUGAACCCGCUCAAACGUGGAGGCCAUGCCGAUGAGAUUGCGCGCGUGGCCCUCUUCCUGGGGAGCGACGAAAGCAGCUAUGUCAACGGUCAGGCUUGGGCGGUCGAUGGCGGGCUGAGCGCCGGCCACCCGUACGUUCAAGGGAAGAUGGGUUGA